GUCCACCGGGCGAAUCACAGCAGGUAGUCCCAAAAACUGCACCCCCUUAAGCCGCAACACUCGGCGCAAUCAUGGCCGGCCACGACGCUCCGAAGCUCGACUUCGUCACCGUCGACGUCUUCACGGACACCCGCUUCGUGGGCAACCCGCUCGCCGUGGUUUUCGUCCCGGCCGCUCUCCGCGACCGCAUCGAUCAGUCGACCAAGCAGCGCAUCGCGCGCGAGUUCAACCUCUCCGAGACGGUCUUCCUGCACACGCUCGACAACGAACCCAACAGGAGCGUCACGACCCGCGAGAUCGACAUCUUCACCACCGAGGAUGAGCUGCCGUUCGCCGGCCACCCGACCAUCGGUUCGGCCUACCUGGUCCUGAAGCACCUCGGCUGGAGCCACGUCGACACGCUGCAGACCAAGGCCGGACCCAUCCGCAUUGAGUCACUCCAGGACCAGGACCAGGGCCGGGGCCAGGGCAGAGUGAGGGCGGCGAUCCCGCACGCGGUGCACAUCCACCAGCAGACGCUCGGCGGGAUCCUCGAGUCGCCGUCCGGGCCCCUCGCCAGCGCCGCGGCCGACGCCAUCCGGCAAGGCCUGUCGGCGGACGCCGACAUCCGCGCCGCCGAGCUGGCCGCCCCGGUCGUGAGCAUCGUCCGCGGCAUGACCUUUGUGCUCGUCCGGCUGCCGAGCCUCGAGCACCUGGCCCGCGUCACGCCGGCCCGCCGGAUCGACUUUGGCAAGGUGCCCGAGCUGCUGGACCAAGGCGAGUGGCACGACAGUUUCGUGUCGCGGUACUACUACGUCCCGCGCGGACAGGAGGCAGACGAGGGAGCCCUCGCGGACGACGGCAGCCGCUCGUGGAAGAUCCAGACCAGGAUGGUGGAGCUGGGCUUCGAGGACCCUGCUACCGGCAGCGCGGCGUGCGCGCUGGCGAGCUAUCUGGCGGUCAGGAACGAGGCCGUGAGAGGGGCGCGCUUUGAGAUCACGCAGGGCGUCGAGAUGGGGAGGCGCAGCGACAUUGUUGUGGAUACGGUCGCGCUCAAGGACAAGGAGUCGGGGGAGGUCAAGAUCAAGGAGCUGUUCCUGGGAGGGACGGCAGUCGUGGUGAUGAGCGGAAGCAUUGCGCGCGACAGGCUAGGUAGUCGCCAGUUGCCAAAAAGUUGGGUAACUUGCAAGUCGCAUCCAGGCCCAGGACAAGCAGACCCGAUCAGCUUCGAGGAACACGCGCAAAACAUCAAGAUGCUGUGCGCACUUUCAGGCGAGGUUCCCGAGGAGCCCGUGGUGUCGAGGAAGACAGGCACCGUGUUCGAGAAGCGCCUGAUCCUCAAGUACAUCGAAGAGAACGGGAAGGAACCCGGCACCAACGAAGAACUCGACCCCGAAGAUCUGCUUGAUGUCAAGACGAGCCGGGUGGUUCGGCCGCGGCCUCCAAACUUCACCUCCCUGCCGUCGCUCCUCAAGGCUUUCCAGGACGAGUGGGACGCGCUGGUGCUCGAGACAUACAAUACAAGGGAACAGCUGGCGCGGACGAGGGAGGAAUUGGCAACAGCGCUCUACCAGCACGACGCUGCCGUGCGUGUCAUUGCCCGCUUGACCAAGGAGCGAGAUGAGGCACGCGAGGCCCUCGCCAAGCUCACCGUUACGCCGGCAUCGGCUGGCGCGGCGAACGGCGAUGCCAUGGCAGUCGACAGCGAGAGCCUCCCCCAGAACCUGGUGGAGCACGUCCAAGAGUUGCAACAACAAUUAAUGAAGGGCCGCAAGAAGCGCCCCAUUCCCCAGGGCUGGGCUAGCUCCGAUGAAGUUGCUGCUCUCCAGCAGGUAGCGUACGCCGACCUGGCCGUUUCCCAAGCCUCGUGCCUCGGCAUCGAGUCCGACUACGCGGCGAUUGGCGGUCUGGACGGCAAGCUCGACAUCUAUUCGAUUCAGGCCAACAAGGUAGAGAGGACGAUCGAUAUCGGCGAGCCGGUCACGGCCACAGUUUGGACCGGCAGCAAGGUCAUAGUGGCGACGUCCAAGGGGUCCGUGAAGGUGUUCGACAACGGCAGCGAGACUGCCUCCUUCCAAGCGCAUGCGGGUGCCGUGACAGGUCUCUCAGUACAUCCGGGCGGACGCCUCCUCGCAUCCGUCGGCGUGGAUAAGAGCUUCAUCUUUUACGAUUUGGAUACGCUGCAGAAGGUCGCACGGGGCUACACCGAUGCCAGCCUCACCACCUGCGCGUUCCACCCGGACGGCAACCUCUUUGGCGCCGGCACACAGACAGGGGACGUCAAGGUGUUCAGGACGGAUACCGGGGAGCAGGCAGAAACCUUCCCCUUGGGGACGCCGGUGCAGACGCUCGUCUUCUCCGAGAACGGCUUCUGGUUCGCCGCGGCUGGCAAGGGCCAGUCAACGACCACCAUUUUCGACCUGCGCAAGUCGGGUGCCGCGGCUCAGGUCAAGGAGCUACAAACGGGCGAUGCCCAGGCGCUGGCAUGGGAUUACACGGGCCAGUACCUGGCCACGGCUGGGUCGACUGGUGUCACGGUGCAGAUGUACAUCAAGAGCUCCAAGUCGUGGUCCGAACCGCUCCGGACCAGUACCCCUGCGACUGCCCUGCGUUGGGGUGCAGAAGCCAAGACUCUCGUCACGGUGAGCAAGGAGGGAGUCGUGUCGGUCCUAGGAGCCAAGGAAUAAUUGUGGGCGAUUGGACGCCACAAUGGUUGUUGGGAUGGAUCCGGAUGGCUUUGUAUUUUGUUUUGUAAGAGUUCUGUUGUGCUGGGCGCCUGAAAACGUGUUCGAUACCUGCGCUGGAAGAAGACGAUUAUUCCAAUUCAGGGUGUUGUGCGGAUCUGCCGCUUUCCGUUGCUAUGUGUAGUCUGUUCAGGGGAACAUUAUUGUUAUGCUGUUCUUACGCAGUAGGCAGAGACCAGUACUGGCCUGGCUCGCUUGGUUUGUUUUGAGC